AUGGAAGGCCUUCGUUCAACAAAUGAGAUCAGUCAAUUUGAAGCAGUUACUGAGUUGGCGGAUAUGCUGCUUUUAGGCAACGAGGAGAGCCUUCCAAAUUUACCAAUCAAGGAGAUCGUUCAUGCUCUUAUUGUCUUGCUUCAGAAAGAACAUAAUUUCGAAUUAAUGCUUACUGCUGCAAGAUGUAUAUCAAAUAUGUUAGAAGCUUUACCACGUGCAUUACCUGUUGUUAUUGACACAGUACCAUACCUUCUUGAAAAGCUCAAACGUAUUGAGUGCAUCGAUGUAGCAGAGCAAUCACUGAUGGCUUUAGAAGUUAUGUCGAAAAGGAACGGGAAAAAUAUAAUGUUAGCCGGUGGAAUUGCAGCAACUAUAUCUCACGUAGAUUUUUUCUCUGUACCUUCGCAGCGUUUAGCUUUUCAAAUAGCUGCUAAUUGUGCAUCACAUGUAUCAUGCAGCGAUUUUGCACAAGUGCGUGAUUCAUUGGCUGACCUCACCCAACGGCUUUUAAUCGAGGAUAAGCGAUGUCUGGAAUCAGUUUGUUUGUUAUUCUGUCGUUUGGUGGAGAAUAUGCGCAGUCAUGAAGAAAAACUGCGGGAAAUAGCUGGACAGAAUCAUGCACUGCUAAAAAAUAUUCAACAAUUGCUGCUAGUGCAACCUUGUGCUGUUGGUCCCAGUACAUUUCAGGCAUUAAUUAGAAUGUUGCGUGCACUGGCCUCGCAAUGUAGUGAUCUUGCAGUUGCAUUAAUUUAUAUGGAUUUUGCUAGAACUAUCAAAUUUUUAAUUGUUGGGUCAAAGGAAGUUGAUCAUGCGGCUAUCGAAAUUGCUGAUCGUUCACCUUUGCAUUUACAAGAGCUUGUUAACUUAACUGGAGAAUUGAUGCCACAGUUACCUACUGACGGAAUUUUUGAAAUUGAUUCCGUUAUGUUGCGUUCACAAAGUCCAUCUGAUGACUCGCAACCUACGUUGUGGUACUGGAAAAAUGACUUAAAUCAGUGGUUACCGUUUAGUAAUUUCGACUCAAGGCUGAUAGAGAUGUCGUUUUCAACAAAUGAAAUAGAAAUAGACCUGCAAAUUAACGGUGAUAUUCAUAAAAUUGAUCUGCAACGGAUGGUGCAGCGGAAUCUUUCGACUGGUAAAGAAAGAUCUAUACAACGACGAACAUCUGUUUCAAAGCCAAAACCAACACCCGUAGGUAAUGAUAAACGUUUGGAGCUGAUGCAGACAGAGCCAUUAUUGUUGGAACAAGUCGUACAGUUACUUCUUCCGAUAUUGGUGGAAAUCGAUGGUAGUUCAAGUGGACCUGCACUACGAUACGAAAGUUUACGUGUAACCUUGCGUAUGAUUUAUCCAUCUGAUGUAAGAGUGUUAAAAGAUAUUUUGGCAACUCUCCCUCUCGCUGGACAUAUCGCCAGCGCUUUGGCUAGUGCAAGAAGCAAAGAUCUCUGUGUUGUGGCAUCAGCGUUGCAGCUGACACAUUUACUUUUGGAUAAAUUUCCAGAAAUGUACAAUCCGUUAUUUAAGCGGGAAGGCGUCGCGUAUGAAGUUGAAAAACUGUCGAAAAUCAAGCUUGAAUCACCAGUACCGUCUUCUUCAGUAGCUCAAGUAUCGCAUAUUGAUGAUCAUAAUAAUUCAGCGAUUGUCUCAGGAUCCACAACGCAAAGCUCUAUAAAAACUCGAACAUCGGAAUCAGUAGAAAAUUCAGCUUUCAAGCAAACUGUGAAUGCAAAAAGCCGUAAUGCUGGACAAAUAACAGUUUCUGCAGCAGAAGCUGGUCCAAGUUCUAGUAAUGCUACACGUGUUAUUGUGUCACCAAAUGGUGGCCGACAUCGUCGUAAAGCUUCACCGGAAAGCCCAAUUUCGCGUAAGGAAUCGCGUCGCAAAACUGCACCAUCCAAUUUUCUUCAUACAUUGCGCUUACCAUCUUUUCGGAUGCCGAGCACGUCAGCAUCAACUGGACAUUCUCCUCUUAACGGUAUUCCAUCUAAUACUUCGCUCUCUACGCUUAUCAGUUCCAUUUCACCAUCCAUACCUUCUGGACAUCAUUAUCCUUCGGGAUCUGGUAGUAGUUCGAUUGCUGGUGGUUCAUCAUCGGCUCAUACCUGCAUGACACGAGGGCGUAUGUCAGCCUUUAUGUCAUCCGCUAUUGGAGGUUCAUCUUCGACUGUUUUGAUGCAGUCAUCCAGUGGUCAUUCAUCAUUUAUGAUGCAGUCAUCUAUGAGUAGUGCAUCUGGUUUGAAUCAUCAGCAGCGUGAAAUGAUUCGUCAUUUUGUACGCCAAGAAGCUGAAUUCCUGAUGCAAGCGUACUUUUCAACACCAUUAUCAGGCGUUGACGGUGCAGCUCCCUCGCUUCUUAGUCGUCUUAUAGUAGUAUCUACUUCACUUGCUAGUAAUCAAGAUGUAGGAAGCAGUGCACUUACUGAGUUUAAAACCAUUUUACUGGAAAAUGAUGUGAGUGCCUUUGAACUGAAUCAUAGUGGUGUUCUUACUUCUCUAUGUACAUAUCUCACGAGCACCUCAUCAGGACGUCAUCCCCCUCGUAAACUUCGCCUGAAACGUUUUGUCGCUGUCUUCAUGUCCCUAACUCCGGAUAAUUUGAGGCCUGUGGAUGAUCCAGACAGCUGGUCCUCUUUUGAAAUUUUAGUUGCGAAAUUGCUUGCAUCAGUUGCUCAGCAGGAACAGUUUCAAGUAAAAGUUACUGAUGUGGGUGGAAUGUUAACUGGUAGUUCAGGAGGAUCUUUGCGUGGUUCACAAGCAUUGCGGUUUUUCCAAACUCAUCAAAUUCGAUGCAAUUUAAAGCGACAUCCAAGCUGCAAGGAUUUGAAAGAUUGGCGUCAUGGACACGGCUCUAUCAAGGUUGAUCCUUUUACUUCAAUUUCUGCCAUCGAAAAAUAUCUAUUGGAUCGUGGAAUUGGUUAUGUUCGUGCGGAGGAGUCAUCUGGUGAUGAAGAUAAUAGCGAUGAGGAAGAACUGCCUUCUGAAGGAUCUGCAUAUAACAUAAAUCCUCAACCUGGUCGAAUAGAAAUUUUAAUUAAUGACGUGAAGGUUCCAGGCCAUAUGUCAAUUUUACAGGCUUUAAGACAAUUUGGCCAGGUAAACUUGGGAGAAAGUACGGAUCAAGUGACCUCAUCUUCUACCGGAAUAUGGGUAAACACGCAUACUCUCCAUUAUCGUGCUGCUCCUCCGGCGUCAUCUGAAGGACCAGCAAUAACGGGACUGGUGAAGCCUGCUUCAGCGAAAUCCGAAAAGCGUGAACGACGUUCUAAGAUUAAUGAGAAACUAUGGAUUGAUGGCGAAGUACCACCCAGUCCAUGUCCUUUGGAACCUUACUUAAUGAACACUUUACCAGUCAACAUAACUGAUCCUUGUAUGUCUUCGCUGGUUGUUUUACGAUGUCUUUAUGCACUCAAUCGAUUUUGGUGGAGAUUAUUUGACGACGAGGAUAUCCCACCAAACACCCAUGCACCAAUUUUGCCUAAUACAGCUUUCCAUUCUUCGAAACUUAAUGCAAAAGUAGGACGUCAGUUAUCAGACUUCUUGUCUGUUGCAAUGCAGCAAAUACCUAGAUGGAUAUCUGAUCUGAUUCAGGCAGUGCCUUUUAUAUUCACAUUUCCAUCUCGACGCAAUUAUCUUUACUGCACAGCAUUUGGAAGAGAUCGAGCACUUAUGCAUCUUGUGAAUCAAACAGAUGGUGGUCACAAUGACGGUGAAAGUGGACGACUAACGCCGCGUCUUGAAAGGCGCAAGGUGUCAGUGCGCCGAGAUGAUUUGUUGCGUCAAGCGGAACAAACUUUUCAUCAUCUUGGGACGAGUCGAGCUAUGUUAGAAGUCGGUUUUGAGGGAGAAGCGGGUACAGGUUUUGGUCCAACAUUAGAAUUCUAUUCUGCAGUGUCACGAGAAAUACAGAAAUCAUCUUUGCGUCUUUGGCAUGGUCAAGUAGUAGCAUUAAAUCAAAAUGAUGGACCAGCAGCAAAUUAUACCGUAGCACCGGCAGGUCUCUAUCCUUCUGUAUGUCCACCGCAAAAUGCUAAACAGCGAGAUGCUCGCUGGAAGAAAUUUGAAUUUAUUGGUCGUUUGUUGGCUCAAGCAUUAAUUGAUGCACGCAUGCUGGAUAUACCAUUCAAUCCUGUAUUUUUCAAAUGGCUGUGUGGCGAAGACAAAAUGUUCGGUUUAAGUGAUUUAGAAGUUUUUGACAAAAACCUAUAUCAGUCACUGCGUGCAUUAAUUUUAACGGAUCCAAAUGACUUCGAUUCCCUUGAACAGUAUUUCACUUUGCCUGGUGAUGAAAAUUUCGAACUUAUUAAAGGAGGGAAAAAUAGACGGGUGACGAGUUCAAAUGCCGUUCAAUUCAUGAAGUUAGUAGCUCAUUGGCGGUUAGUUGAAGGUGUAAAGCGCGAAAUGGAAGCUGUACGCAAAGGUUUUGAAACUAUAAUUAAGAUCAAGGAUUUGUCGUGUUUUACUCCAGAAGAAAUGGAGGAACUGUUUUGUGGUUGUUCGGAAGAGACUUGGAAACGCACUUGGAAUGAAUCUGCCUUGCAGUCAGCGAUAAAACCAGAUCAUGGGUACACACAUGACAGUGAGCAGAUACGUUGGCUCAUUCAAAUGCUUGCAUCUUAUGACAACGAGCAGCAGAGGAAAUUUCUGCAGUUUGUUACGGGCUCGCCAAAACUUCCAGUUGGUGGUUUUCGUUCUCUGAAUCCCCCACUGACGGUUGUCAAGAAAUCAGGCUCAUAUGGAAACGGUGACGAUGAACUACCAUCAGCAAUGACUUGUUAUAAUUAUCUAAAAAUUCCAGCCUAUAGUACUUACGAAAUAUUUCGGGAAAGAUUCGAUGUUGCGUUACGUUUUAUCUACAGUUUUCAUUUAACGUAA